AGACCUCUCGGAUUAAGACGUGUUCUGGCGUGAAAAAGUGUUUCUGCUGAGUUCUCAUAUAGGCGUUGUCGCUGUUGUUGUCGGUUUCGGCGAAGAAACCCAAACGUGUUGUGAGCUUUUUCUUCAUCUUCUUCCCCUCUAGCUAGCAUAUAUGCAUGCAUAAUGCCGUGUAUGGUUCACAUAGUGUAAUUUCUUCGUUCAAAAAGUUUAUCGUGAGUGUGCAGUAAAAGUGAGACUCGGCCCGGGAAAAUAUAAAUACAAAGUGACAUAAUAAUAAUCACCAGCAAAGCUUCCCGCUUCAUCUCGAGAGGGUUCCUCGUUUGCCGUGGACCUUCACAGCGCAUCUUCUUCGCGGUCAGCCCCGACGAGGCUUGAUUGAAAGUGAGAGUUGUAUUUUCAACACGCCUGUUUCCAUUUAGCGUGAUUGUGCGAAGGGGAGGUUGUCCGCGCCGUCUUGGCAGAGAAUCGCUAGUUACGAGAAACCGAAAACAUGUUUCUACGCCGCUCAUCACUCGUGGUGCUGAUCAUAUUCGGAUACCUGCUAAUUAUAGACGGUCGCGAGGAGAGAGUCCGAACGAAACGUGUCCGCAAGCCACGGGUUUCGGUGGCCCCGCAGCGGGUUGAUGCAGAACCCAGCCAGAAUCUGGACAGCGGCGACAGCAGCGGAGAUGUUUCGCCGGUGAUUCCACCAGGCUUUCUGAGUCCCUCGGUGCAAGAGUACCUCGAGUUGGGGAAAUCUAUACCUGGUCGUCCAGGAACCGAUUACCCAAUCCUCCCUGCGGUACCGUACACCAAUUUCUACUGCGACGAACAACCGUACCCAGGCUUUUUCGCGGACAUGGAAACCAGAUGUCAAGGUUGGCACUACUGCGACAUUGACGGCAGACAGGCAACCUUCCUCUGCCCGAAUGGGACCCAGUUCUCCCAGGCGGUCUUCGUUUGCGACUGGUGGUUCAACGUCCGGUGUGACCUGUCCCCACGGUUGUACGCCAUCAAUGCCCGGCUCUACCAGCGCCCGAAGGUGAACCCAACGCGGAAACAUCGGGUCAUAACGAAGCAACUCGUCGAGGAUAUAUUCAACAAAUAGAUUCUAGGACUCUAGGUGUUGGAUGUUGCGUGAGGGUGAAUGAGAGAGGAUUGUGUGUGUAAGAGCAGGGUGUAUGUGGUUCCGUUUCACUUGUCAAGACAAACCCAGUCUUUCUCCUAACCUAACUUUAUCCAUUUCACAAUCGUACCCCGCGGCGGUCAGGACCGAGAAGCAUUUCACAAAACUUGUUUUAAAUUAAAUAUUUCAAAUCCCGUCGAAACAUAAAAUAGUAUAGAAAUGUUUAAGAGUUCAUUUCUCCCGUCGAGUUGAGCCACUCCACUGGAAUUGGGGAAAGUUGGUCCCCUUUUCAGCAGUCCUCACAACUGAUGACAACAAGAGGGACUGCGGAACAGGAGGACAAGAAGCGCGCAAAAUUUAAAUUAAAUCUAAGCAAAUAUAAAUUUUUCAUACACUCUGGCUAAAAAUGUAUAACCUGGCUGGCUGCGAACUGUAAAUGAAAAUCCACUGCCAAAUGCAGCAGCAGCAACUGGCGCACCCGCCGCCAAGUGGAGGAAAGUUGAAACUUAGGGAAUGUUAAACAAACCGUUUAGCUUUCUUUUACGGUGUGUACUCAACUCACACGGAUCAGGCAGCGGGAGAAACUUUCCCUGUAGGGAAAACUAUUUCGAGUUGUUCCCUCUCUCUCUCACUGCCUAUCUGUCUUUUCUAGUUAAAUGUAAAUAGAGUAUUUGCAAAAGCGUAAUUUUCUCGGAAAGAAGUUUCCGAGUGCACAAAUAUGUAAAUUAUGCAUAUGUUUUUGGACUGCCUCGAAUCAUCAAGGAAGCGUUCUUUUAUUUUCUAAAUGAGAAACAAUGGGACGCUAGCAAACUUACUCACCGAUAGCAGAAAUGUAACAAUAAGUUACUGGUAAUUACACAAAUUAUAGACAGCAAAUAGGUAGCAGCGACAUUUAUAAUUAAAAACAAUAGAAGCCGGAUGGACAGGAAAGUGUGAGAGUGAAACUAUGUAACUUUAUGUAAAUUGUAUGUAAACGAUUCUAUGUGUAAAGUACUUAAUAAAUACUGUGAGA